CAUGGCACGCGUCAUGUCAUGAAUAUGAAGGUGUCAUGUCUAUCUUAUGAACACCCAUCCAAGUAAAGUGUUACCAGAAAAUUACUUUUGUUAUAAUUUUUUACAGAAGAAAACAAAGUACACAGCUACAAGGCGGUUGCUCUUAAAAUCCAAACUACUGAAGAAAGCAACGUCUAUGCUAGUGGCCGAAAAAGAACAGAAUAAGAGAGAAAGAGACAAUGCUCUCAAUGAAAGAGUUCCUCCUCUCAAACUCUCUGGUCUGUCUGCACAGGAGCUGCAGGAACUUUGCAAGGAGCUUCACCAAAAGAUUGAUGUCGUUGAUGAAGCCCGAUAUGAUCUUGAAGUCAAAGUGGUAAAAAAUGAAAAAGAGAUCCAGUCUUUGACCCAGAAGAUUUGGGAAUUGAAAGGUACAAUGAAGAGAACCCAGCUGAAGAGGGUUAAGAGGUCUGCUGACGAUAAGCUUGGAGCUCUGACCGAAUCCAAAAUGUCUUCAAAAUCAGAUUUCAAAGCCAACCUCAAGACAGUAAAGAAAGAUGAAGAAAAGAAAGAAGAGGUGACUGACUGGCGUAAGAAUGUGGAAGCCAUGUCUGGAAUGGAGGGCAGGAAGAAACUGUUCAAUGCUGGACAGUCAUAAACUGAAUUUCCCCAUUGCUAACGUACAAGGGAAAGCAAUUUUACUAAAGAAAGACUUUCCUUAGAUGUAAAGACACCCAACACAUACACAGUUCGAGACGAGAAAAUCCAAACUAAAUUGGCAAUGCUAUAUUGCCUGUGAUCACUGUUUAUAAUGUUCGUACACUGUAAAAAAUGAUUUGUUGGUUCAACUUAAAAAAAUA